AUGUGCUUGAAGCUUCUUCUCAAGUGCUAUGCUAUCCGGAUAGCAAACGCUGAGACCGUUCCUGACAAACACCGUCACUUCCAGGAUGGACAGAAACAUGCCAACAAGCUGGAAGAACUUCUAGAUGAUAGACCCAUGUGUCGGUGGCUAGCUGUUCCGGGAUUCCAUGUACAGAUAGCAAGAUUCUUCAUUGAUUAUGAAUUGGAAAAGGCUAUAAAACACUUCAACCUUGCUGUGCAACUGGAGGAAGAUUUCCCCGAUCUAGAUGACCACUAUCGAUGUAGUUUCCCCGAUAGAGGUGACCACUACCAAAGUAGAUUCCCCGAUAUAUAUGACCACUAUCGAUGUAGUAACCCCGAUAUAGAUGACCACUAUCGAUGUAGUAACCCCGAUAUAGAUGACCACUAUCAGUGUAGUUUCCCCGAUCUAGAUGACCACUAUCGAUGUAGUUUCCACGAUAUCGAUGACCACUAUCGAUGCACUAACUCUGAUAUAGAUGACCGCUAUCGAUUUAGUUUCCCCGAUAGAAAUGACCACUAUCGACGUAGUUUCCCCGACAUAGAUGACCACUAUCGAUGUAGUAACUCUGAUAUAGAUGACCACUAUCGAUGUAGUAACUCUGAUAUAGAUGACCACUAUCGAUGUAGUAACUCUGAUAUAGAUGACCACUAUCGAUGUAGUAACUCUGAUAUAGAUGACCACUAUCGAUGUAGUUUCCCCGAUAUAGAUGACCACUAUCGACGUAGUUUCCCCGAUAUAGAUGACCUCUAUAGAUUGUUUAACCUCGAUAUAGAUGACCACUAUCGAUGUAGUAACUCUGAUAUAGAUGACCACUAUCGACGUAGUUUCCCCAAUAUAGAUGACCACUUUCGAUGUAUCGAUGUCAUAUUUUCUGCACUGUACUGUUUACAAGAAGAAACAAUUGUCAUUGUCAAGUAAGUAUGAAUAUGUGUAUGGCAUGUACAUGUUUUGUUACUGGUUGUUUUCGGCUCAUAUAAGUGUGAUAAGUUGUGUAAUUGUACGGGACCAUACGAACAUACGUCCUACUUACAGAUAAAACAAUCACUUAACAUUACUCUUACAAGUCCUGUGAUGUAAGGAUAAGUAAAGAUAUUUGACUUAGAUACCCGACAUAGAUACAAUGUAGUUAGGUUAGAUGUGUAUGUGUUAU